CCUUCAAGGAAUAAGCGAGUUGAACUGUAAUUUGACGUAACUAGAAAUCAACUGUGAAAGACGUUUGGCCAGACGUCGAGUUUUUAUGAUGUUUGAGAGGAGGAGCUUGUAGUUUUCAUCUGGAGCUUGAUAGGAUCACUGCCGGUCAUUUCGUGUCUCGCAUCGAAAAUUGAACGACUCCAUCCGGAUCUAACCGCCAGCUUUGGAUGUUCAGCACCCUUUCCGGUUUGAGUUACGAUCAUAACGGCAUUAUCUGAUCUAUCACGACUAUUACCUUCCACUCAGAUGAAUCGCCGGAUAGGUGGCAGCUCUACUCGACUGGUCAUUGGUCAAGCUCGAUUUCUCAAAACGUCGUCUGCAAUAUUGUUUACACAUUUGAAAUUUCAAAACUUCAGACAAUUCCAGACAAUUUUUUGUAGUUUUUCAUUUUCAGAAGCUCAUUAGCCUACAAUCGCUUUUUUUUUCAGGUGUAGAAGGUGAAAAAUGAUCUACAAAACUCCACGAGUCUGUUAUUGGAACAUUCGGACUUCAACAUUAUGUUACCCGAUCAAUCGCUACAGAUCAUAGGAAACUGACACACCACGACUCCAAGUUAUUCCCGAAUUCUUAUCCGAUCUAUUUUGGAAUCCGAGACUGCACCCCGCCACUACACUUUAAUCAUAAACAUCCGAUGUCAUGCAACGAGUCAUUCCUGAUGGCAAUGUUUCGACAUCGUGGGAAAUAAGAUUGUCAUCCGACCCGUCAUCUCAAAUGUCAUUCAAUCCAAACAAGCCAAUUCCUGCCCAUCGAUAAGUCUAUAUAAUAAGCCAAAAAUUGAAAUGUUUUUUCAAAUGAUUUCAUGCUGUCACAUCUUGAGCCACUUUUCACCGAAGCAACCGUAUUUUGCCAUAAUUUUUUAGAGAUGCGGAUUUUUCUGCCAUGGCAACUGGUGGUUGCGUUUACUCUUUUUCUGGAUGCUUCUUCAGAAUCUGAGUUGCCUAUUCCUUCAACCAAUCCCACCUUAUCCGCGACAUCUGUUGAUAAACCACUGCCGACUAAAUUUUCCUCCAUGCAGUACGGUUCCGCUUGUAUCAAUAUCUACGACAGUCGAACAACUUUAAACAACAAGAUCAUCUUUUUCUACUCGCCGAUUGCUCAGCUGAAUCACAGAGAUACCGUGUUUUUCUUUAAUCAAACGGCCAAUCAGGGAUUAAUCAGUUUAAGUUAUACUAUUUGGAAUGAAGUUGUUGGAAUCAAAGUGGCCCGGUAUCUCACCAAGGCCUUAAACCAAGAAGUUGAGCCGAAUCAAGUGAAAGUUUUUCCUUUCGACAGUGUCUGGUUGACUAGCAUAGCGCAAUCAUCUGGUGAUUUCUCAUUGACUAAUGAGCGGCUCACGUAUAAGGGCGAGCAAUCACUCAGAUUUAGCGUGACCUGCCAGACAUAUGAAGAUUGCGAUCAAGUGAAGUCUAAAAUUCGGAGUAAUCCGGAACAGUUUGAAAAUUUGAAACUUAAUUUCAAUCCUCAAUGGAACAAUAAUGCCUGUUUACCUGAUGAGGUCGAAAUAUCUCAAGAAGACGAAUAUUUAUUCCAAUUUGAAGAAUUGGAAAAACAUUUGGAAGAAACCAAAUUUAAUUUCACCAAGGAGUUAGCAAUUACCUUGGAGAAUUUGGAAACUACCAAAAAGGAAUUAAUCCAAACGAAGGUCUUCGUCGAGGAAUUGUCGGCAAAAUUAAACGCCAGAACGAGUGAAAUAGUUGACAUUGGUCACAUGCCAACCUCAUGUGGGGAUCUGCAGCGAAUGGGGCAUAAACUGAGUGGAUUCUUUUCUGUAAAAGGAUCGAAAAAGUUAGAAAUGGUUUUCUGUGAUUUCUAUCCUACUCAAAAUGGCAAAGAAAGAUGGAUUGGUUACGUCGACGUCAAAUCAGCGCCUGUUCAUUUCUUCGUCCAGAAAAAUUCUUCAUUUGUCCAAAAGGACAAGCCAAUUCCGUUCGAACUUUCGGUAUUGAACGUGGGAGAUGCCAUGAAUUUGACAUCCGGCAUAUUCACGGCACCACGAAAGGGAAUUUAUUACUUCUCUUUCACGGGAAAUGCGGGAUUUCCAGCUUCAUCUUCAGAUGUGUUUACAGAUGACUCCAAAAAGUGGCGAUCUUCCGUUUAUUUAAGAGUUCGUCUUUACGUCAACGGAACUAAAAUGGGGGUGGGUAAUGUUCAAGAAGCUAACACCGUCGCCGGUCAGCAUAGUCCGUUUGUCGUCCAGUCAACACUGGAAUUAAAUUCAGGCGAUCGCGUCUGGUUACAGAUGGAUGGUAUGUCCCCAGGAGCGGUAUUGCAUGAAGACAAAGAAUUCAAAUUCAAUCACUUCACUGGUUUUAUUUUGGAAGAGGAAAUUGUGGCAUCCCUUUGAGCAUUUGUGUUGAGAGAUCAUCCAAAAUGCGCAAAACGAUUGUCGACUGACUUAUACGUGUACUUUUUUAUGGGAUAAUAUAAGGGAAAUAAAAAAAAAAUCAUUUGCUUCUAGUUUUUAAAUUAUGAAAACCAGAAAAGUAAAAAAAUUUGAUGUGAAUGCGAAUGAACAUUGUUAAUUCUCAAAAGGUCUUUAUCUGCAAAAAUGUAGGUUACACAAGAAGAGAGUUUAAAAUCAAAGUAUUUUUUUUCGUUGGUCGAUUAGAGUGUCUAUUUAUUUCAGACCUUGAAAAUCUGGCUUAAGUAUCUUACGAGCGCAACUCGAGAGUCAUUUAUUUUAUCCGAAAAAGUUGACAAUUAUGCAGACGCCUAUUUGGCGGCGUUUCGUUCGUGUAUCGUGAUCGUUGAUCUCUUGAUAGUCAAGGUGAACUAAGCUGGUUUCCUUUCCUUUUAAUUUACUCUUGGUUUUCUCUCCUUAGUCGUGCUUCAAACUAGAUCGUAGUAUAACCAUUUAAAGUAUUCACGACGCUGCAUCGUUUAUUGUUGUUUACGAUGUCGCUGUCGCAUGAUGGAAUAGGAUCACUUAGCCGGCGUAAACCUUUCUUGUUACCAUCACCUGGGGAACAACAUGUGUUCAGUCAUCAGAGUAGGCUCUUGCUGCCAUCGAAUGAACAUCCGUUCACCCAAAGGAAACGACACCGUCAACCCCUACUACCGACACCCAUCCACCCGCCAUUCGCUCAACAGUGGCGAACCUUCUUGCCGCCAUUCCAUGUCAUCCACCCAUUCAUCCAAUAUAA